AUGGCUCCCACUGUUCAUUUUGUCCGCCAUGCGCAGGGCUACCACAAUCUCACAACUGCCAACCACGUUCUCCCCGACCCAGAACUCACGCAACUUGGCGAACAACAAUGCGCCAAGUUGAGGGACACCUUCCCCAAUCACUCUCAGAUCGAACUGGUCGCUGCUUCCCCUUUGCGACGGACUAUCCACACUGCGCUUCUCAGCUUCCAGCCCGUGUUCCAGGAGCACAAGGACUUUAAGCUUAUCUUGAUCCCGGAGGCCCAGGAAACGAGCGACGUGCCUUGUGACACGGGAAGUGACCGCGAAGUGCUCCAGAAGGAGUUUGUUGAUCGGGGAUUGCCGGUGGAUAUUUCGUUGGUUCAUGAUGGCUGGAACAGCAAGGAAGGAAAGUGGGCACCACAGAUUGGAGCUCUCAGGAAUAGAGCCCGCGAGGUCCGACAAUGGCUUCGUGCUCGUCCGGAAAAGGAGAUUGUCCUGGUGACCCACGGUGGAUUGCUUCACUACCUGACCGAGGACUGGGAAGACAGCAGCCUUUACCAGGGCACUGGAUGGCUCAACACCGAGUACCGCACAUACAAGUUCUCGGAUACUGUCGACACGGAAGACAUCGAAGGCCAGAAGCUCAGCGGAGACGACGCUACCAUCAUCGAGACACCCGAGUCCCGAUCGCGACGAGGCAAGACUCCUGAAGCACCAUCGCGCGACGAGCAGAAAAUUUACUACAACAAGGGCAUAGAUGGCUGGGACGCACAGGGUCUGCAGCCCAGCCAAAAGGAUCGACAAUCGGCCAAGGUUCCAGAGGGAAAGGAAGUCGACGGUAGCCGUGUCUAG